AUGGGAUUAGCAUCACAUAUUCUUACUCUUCUUUCUCUUUUCCUUCUCAUCAUUCUCGUUCGACCACAAGUCGAUCCGUCCCAGCAACUCCAAUUCAUUAACAGAGGCGAGUUCGGAGAAUCCACGGUGGAGUACGGCGCAAGUUACAGAGAUGUAGGUGUAAUCCGUAACCUAUUCCGUCUAUGUCUCUUUAAUACCACGCCAAAUGCAUUCAUACUCGCAAUAGGGAUGGGAACGGGAAGUUCGGAUUCCAUCAUCCGUUGGGUUUGGCAGGCUAACCCGCAAAAUCCAGUCCAAGAAGAGGCUUCUCUUUCGUUCGGGCCCGAUGGAAAUCUCGUUCUGGCCCAGCCAGAUGGUAGAGUCGUCUGGCAGACUAAGACGGAGAACAAAGGUGUAAUAGGGUUAGGGAUGAACGAAAACGGAAAUCUUGAGUUGUUUGAUAAUGGAGGAUGGCCUGUGUGGCAGAGCUUUGAUUUCCCAACGGAUACGCUCUUAGUUGGUCAGUCUCUUACGCUCGAUGGCCCUAACAAGCUCGUGACCCACGACAAAGGGUCUUAUAGUCUUAUCUUAGAGCCUGACCGGCUCGUUCUUAGCCAUGAAAUCCCUAGGAGUAGCAACAAAUCCGUUGUGUAUUACGUUAUGGAAGGCCGGUUCAUCCCAAGCACGACUUUUUACGCGGCUAAAGACCAAGGGACCGCGACACAGUUGGGCCUAGCCACUCCUGCUCUUAGGCCCGAGUUUCCUUACAAACAUUUUCUCGCGAGGCCUAGAUUCAACGCUUCGAAAAGUUUCCUCAGGCUUGACUCUGAUGGAUAUCUUCGGAUCUACACUUUCGAUUUCAAGGUCAGUUUUCUUGCUUGGGAAGUAACGUUCGAGCUUUUUGACCAGAACAACAACUGUUGGUUACCGUCAAAGUGUGGAGAGUUUGGGCUUUGUGAGGAUAAUCAAUGUGUUGCUUGUCCAUUGGAGAUGGGCUUAUUGGGAUGGAGUGAGGCUUGUAGGCCCAAGAAAGUGAGGAGUUGUGAUCCGAAGACUUUUCAUUAUUAUAGACUUGGAGGUGUUGACCAUUUCAUAACUAAGUAUAACGUUGGUCUUGCUGUUGGAGAGAGUAAGUGUCGUGGUUUGUGUAGUCGAGACUGUAAAUGUUUGGGGUAUUUUUACGAUAAGAGUAGCUUUAAGUGCUGGAUUGGCUAUGAGCUUGGGACUUUGGUUAAAGUGUCUGAUUCUAAGAAAGUGGCUUAUAUCAAAACCCCAAAUAUUUGA